AUGUUUGCGACCUCGAUGGUAGAAAGCACCACCGGCAUCGUACAGAUCGAGGGGAUGAGCUGCGUAGCAGUACGCCGCCUCUGUGAAUUCAUUUACACAGGCUCCAUUGAGGAUAAGACUGUGUGGAAGGACAUCAACGCAGUGCAUGAGCUUCUGCACGCCGCUCUGAAGUAUGAAGUUCGUGGCCUGAUGUGUGCCUGCGCAGCGGUGGCCCAGGGGAACAUUACAGUGGCGAACGUGGUGGAUUGGCUCGUUGUGGCUUCGAGUGCCCAGGCUCACGUCAAGACGCUCAAAUUCCGAUGCAUCCAGUUCAUUCUGAAGAACCUGCCGGAGGUCCAGAGCACUCCCGGGUGGGGCGAGCUCAUGCAGAACCAGGCUUUGCUCUCAGAAGCUGCCCCGCUCCUCUUUCGGGGGCUCAGCCAUCAGGUCGUGCGGGAGCGCAAGCGGAAGCGGAAGCCGAGCCAGGCGUAG